AUGGAUGGAGGCCUGCCUAGGUGAGGAACUUCCACCAACUACCGACUUGGAGGAAAGCCUGAGGAAUGGAGUGAUUCUGGCUAAACUGGGCCAUCGCUUUGUACCAGAGGUUGUCCCAAAGAGAAAAAUCUACGACCCAGAGCAGCUGAGGUACAAGGCAAUGGGGCUGAAUUUCAGACAUACUGACAAUAUCAACUAUUGGCUGAAUGCAUUGGCUAAGAUUGCCCUACCAUCGAUAUUUUACCCAGAAACCACAGAUAUCUAUGACAAGAAGAACAUUCCCCGUGUCAUUUAUUGCAUUCAUGCUUUCAG